AGAAUGAGCAACCCUGGGAGACGCCCUGCACUCAGCUCCUUGUCUUUGUUGCCACGCCAGACUGUGAUGGGUUUCCCAGCUUGGAAUCCAAGGAAAACUAUAAGCUGUCUGUCUCAGGAGGCUCCUUGUGGCUCUUCGCGGAUGCUGUCUGGGGAGCUCUCAGAGGCCUCGAAACGUUCAGCCAGCUCGUUGGGAGAGAUGAGAAUGGCACGUACUACAUCAACGAGACAGAAAUUGUGGACUUUCCCCGCUUUGCUCACCGAGGGCUUUUGCUGGACACCUCUCGUCACUACCUGCCUCUGAAAGCCAUCCUGGAAACUCUGGAUGUCAUGGCUUACAACAAGUUCAAUGUGUUUCACUGGCACAUUGUGGAUGACCCAUCUUUCCCCUACGAGAGCUUGACCUUCCCGGAGCUCAGCAAGCAGGGAGCUUUCAAUGCCAUGACCCACGUGUACACAGCCGAUGAUGUGCAGACAGUGAUCGAGUACGCCCGGCUACGUGGCAUCAGAGUUAUCGCAGAGUUUGACACGCCUGGGCACACCCUCUCCUGGGGUCCAGGUGCUCCAGGUCUCCUGACUCCCUGCUAUUUGGGCAAGGAUCCUUCCGGGACCUAUGGGCCCAUCAACCCCAUCCUUAAUAGCACCUACCAGUUUGUGAGCGGUUUGUUUCAAGAGGUCAGCACCGUGUUCCCAGAUUUCUUUCUUCACCUUGGUGGUGACGAGGUGGAUUUCACGUGCUGGAAAUCCAAUCCAAAAAUUCGUGCCUUCAUGAGGGAGAUGGGCUUUGGUGAAGAUUACAAAAAAUUAGAGUCGUUCUACAUCCAAAGGCUUCUGGACAUCAUCUCUUCCCUUGGCAAAGGUUAUAUCGUGUGGCAGGAGGUGUUUGACAACAGCGUGGAGGUGAGGCCAGACACCAUCAUCCACGUGUGGAAGGAGAACCCCACGCCAUACAUGCAGGAGAUGGCAAAUGUCACCAAGGCUGGCUACCGGGCUCUGCUCUCUGCCCCCUGGUACCUCAACCGCAUCUCCUACGGGCAGGACUGGAUGGCAGCCUACAAGGUGGAGCCCUUGGAUUUUGAAGGCAGCCCCGAGCAGAAGCAUCGGGUGAUCGGCGGAGAGGCGUGCAUGUGGGGUGAAUAUGUGGACGUCACUAACCUGGCCCCCAGGCUCUGGCCGAGAGCUGGCGCUGUAGCUGAGAGACUGUGGAGUAACGCGACCGUCAGGAACCUGCAAGAUGCCUACGUGCGACUGGCCGACUUCCGCUGCAAGCUUCUUGGGCGUGGUGUCCAGGCGCAGCCUCUCUACGUAGGAUACUGCGAACAUGAAUUUGGCGGGUUUUGA